UUCAGGAAAAAGAACUGGAGUGGGUUUCCAUUACUAGUUCCUGCAUUGGCUUCCUUGUAAAAAAUAAUGGCGAGGAGGAAUUACGUGAGAGAGAACGUUCCUCUCUCACGCUUCGGCGUCCUGGUAGCUCAGCUUGAGUCCAUCGUUGCUUCCGCAUCGCAGAAAUCUCCUGAUCCUCUUCUUUGCUUCGAUCUCCUCUCCGAUCUCCUAUCCGCCCUUGAUGACGAGCCCAAGGAAUCUAUUUUGUUGUGGCAAAGAAAAUGUGAGGAUGCCUUAUAUUCCUUGCUUAUUCUUGGUGCCAAACGUCCUGUGCGACACUUGGCAUCCGUAGCAAUGACAAUGAUGAUAUCAAAAGGAGAUAGCAUUUCAAUAUACUCAAGAGCAAGUAGUCUCCAAGGAUUUCUUUCUGAUGGGAGGCGGAGUGAGCCACAGAAAAUUGCUGGUGCUGCACAAUGCUUGGGCAAGUUGUAUCAACAUUUUGGGAGAAGAAUAACUUCGGGUUUGUUUGAAACAACUAUCAUUGCUACAAAACUGAUGAAAUUUCAUGAGGAGUUUGUGAGACAAGAGGCUUUGCUCAUGCUUCAGAAUGCUUUGGAAGGCUGUGGUGGUAGUGCUGCUGCUUCAGCAUAUACUGAGGCAUUUCGUCUCAUUACGAGAUUUGGCAUUGGAGACAGAGCAUUUAUUGUUAGAAUAGCUUCGGCACGUUGUCUGAAGGCUAUUGCCAACAUAGGGGGACCUGGUCUAGGGGUUGGAGAACUUGACAGUUUAGCUACACAAUGUGUCAAGGCUCUUGAGGAUUCAAUAACUUCUGUUCGGGAUGCAUUUGCUGAAGCUCUGGGCUCAUUAGUUGCACUUGGAAUGAAUCCCGAGGCACAGGUUCAACCAAAGGGAAAAGGCCCUUUUCCUCCACUGAAGAAACUAGAAGGUGGUUUGCAGAGGCAUCUGGUUUUACCCUUCACAAAAGCAAGCGGUUCUCGGUCAAAGGAAAUUCGAGUUGGCCUUACCUUAUCUUGGGUGUUCUUUUUACAGGCAAUUCAUUUGAAGUAUCAGUAUCUAGAUACUGAGCUUCAAAAUUAUGCUUUGAACAUUUUGGACUUGCUUUGUACGGAUGCAUCUUUUGAUGCCCAUGCAGUGGCAUGUGUUCUUUAUAUCCUACGUGUUGGUGUAACUGAUCAAAUGACAGAACCUUCUCAAAGGAGCUUUACAGUCUUCCUUGGAGAGCAGCUUCAAUCUUCCGAAGCCAGCCCUUCAAUGAAAAUUGCUGCUUUGCGUACCCUGUCAUACACUUUGAAAACUCUAGGAGAGGUUCCACAUGAAUUCAAGGAGGUGUUUGAUAACACAGUUGAUGCAGCAAUUUCUCAUUCUUCCCAGCUUGUACGUGUUGAGGCUGCUUUGACAUUGCGUACAUUGGCUGAGGUUGAUCCCACUAGUGUUGGGAGUUUGAUAUCUUACGGAGUGACAAUACUAAAUGCUUUAAGGGAAAGUGUUUCCUUUGAAAAGGGAAGCAAUUUGCAAGUUGAGCUUGAUUCUUUGCACGGGCAAGCAACAGUUUUGGCUGCUUUAAUUUCCAUUUCACAAAAAUUACCCCUUGGUUAUCCAGCCAGAUUGCCCAAGGCAGUUCUUGAAGUUUCAAAGAAAUUACUAACAGAAUCUAGUAGAGAUGCCAUUACUGCGAAGAUUGAAGAAGAAGCUGGAUGGUUACUCUUAUCAUCGUUAUUAUCUUCCAUGCCAAAGGAGGAGCUUGAGGAUCAGGUAUUCGAUAUUCUUUCCAUGUGGGCUGGUCUUUUCAAUGGCAACCCUGAAGAUGUAAUUCGAGAAAGUGGAGAUCUACAACCUAUGAUUCGUGUGUGGUCUGCAGCAGUUGAUGCAAUUACAUCGUUCAUACGAUGCUACAUUUCAUCCAAUUUGACAAUUAGUGGGGUUUUACUUCAACCAGUGAUGCUUUACCUUAAUAGGGCUUUGUCCUAUAUCUCUCUGUUGGCUGAAAAAGAACUACCAGAUAUUAAGCCUGCAGUGGACAUAUUCAUCAUCAGAACAUUAAUGGGCUAUCAAUCUCUCCCUGAUCCUAUGGCUUAUAAGAGUGACCAUUCUCGAAUUAUACAAUUGUGUACAAUUCCCUAUAGAAAUGCUUCUGGAUGUGAGGAAAGCACAUGCUUGAUGUUCCUGUUAGACAAAAGAGAUGCAUGUUUGGGCCCUUGGAUUCCUGGAAGGGAUUGGUUUGAAGAUGAACUUCGUGCUUUUCAAGGUGGAAAAGAUGGACUCAUGCCUUGUGUUUGGGAUAAUGAAUUGUCGAGUUUUCCUCAGCCGGAGACUAUAAACAAGAUGUUGGUGAAUCAAAUGCUUCUCUGCCUUGGAACUAUAUUUGCCGCUCAAAAUAGCGCUGGUAUGCUGUAUCUUCUUGGAAUGAUGGAGCAGUGCCUAAAAGCUGGGAAAAAGCAACCAUGGCAUGCUGCAAGCAUUACCAAUAUAUGUGUGGGGUUACUUGCUGGCUUGAAGGCUUUGCUCGCUUUACGUUCACAAUCAUUGGAGUUGGAGAUAUUAAAUUUGGCCCAAGCUAUUUUUAAGGGUAUACUAAUUGAGGGGGACAUUUGUGCAUCACAACGUAGGGCAUCAUCAGAGGGUUUUGGCCUUUUAGCUCGCUUUGGAAAUGAUGUCUUUACAGCCAGGAUGACUCGAUCGUUACUUGGGGAGCUAAAUGGUAUAACAGAUUCUUAUUAUGCUGGCUCAAUUGCUCUUUCCCUUGGAUGUAUUCAUCGCAGUGCUGGAGGGAUGGCACUUGCAACCUUAGUGCCUGCAACCGUAAGCACAAUAUCUUUGCUUGCUAAAAGUUCAAUCUCCGGCUUACAGAUCUGGUCUUUGCAUGGACUUCUUUUGACCAUUGAAGCUGCCGGCUUGUCCUUUGUAUCUCAUGUACAGGCAACACUUGGCCUCGCGUUGGAGAUUUUGUUGUCUGAAGAGAAUGGGAGAGUUGACCUCCAACAAGGCGUGGGGCGUCUUAUAAAUGCAAUUGUUGCUGUUCUUGGUCCUGAGCUUGCUCCUGGCAGCAUUUUCUUUUCACGCUGCAAGUCUGUUGUUGCGGAGAUUAGUUCCUCAGAAGAAACAGCUACACUACUUGAGAGUGUUCGUUUCACACAACAACUUGUCCUUUUUGCUCCACAAGCUGUUUCAGUGCACUCCCAUGUCCAAACUCUUCUGCUGACUCUGUCAUCAAGACAGCCUGCGUUAAGGCAUCUUGCAGUCUCCACCCUACGACAUCUCAUUGAGAAGUACCCUGUUUCUGUCAUUGAUGAACAAAUAGAAGAUAAUCUGUUUCGAAUGCUAGAUGAAGAAACUGAUUCAGAGAUAGGGAAUUUAAUCCGUGGUACAAUCAUGCGACUGCUUUAUGCGUCUUGCCCUUCAUGUCCUUCCCGAUGGAUAUCAAUUUGUCGUAACAUGGUCCUUGCUAUGUCAACAAGAGCAACUGCUGAGAUUAGUUCUGGAAAUGAUUCUACUAGUGGUCCAGAUGGUGACUCAAGAUUAAAUUUUGGAGAUGAUGAUGAAAACAUGGUCUCUGAGUCAAAGAACAUAUCAGUUCAAGGUCAUGCAUUUGAAACUUCUAUUAUUGGUCGUAAUAGAGAUAAGCACCUCAGAUACCGAACCAGAGUUUUUGCUGCUGAGUGCUUGAGUUAUCUGCCUGAAGCUGUGGGCAAGAAUCCUGCUCAUUUUGACCUCUCUCUAGCGAGGAGAAAAGUUGCAAAUGAACAAGCCUCUGGUGAUUGGCUAGUCCUCAAAGUUCAAGAGCUAAUAUCGGUUGCUUAUCAGAUAAGUACAAUUCAGUUUGAAAAUAUGCGGCCAAUUGGUGUUGGACUUCUAAGUUCAGUUGUAGACAAGUUUGAAACAGUUCCUGAUCCGGAGCUUCCAGGACAUUUUCUACUGGAACAGUAUCAAGCACAACUAAUUUCCGCUGUUCGCACUGCACUGGACACAUCAUCCGGUCCUGUUCUUUUGGAGGCAGGUCUGCUGCUGGCUACUAAGAUAAUGACAAGUGGAAUAAUUAGUGGUGACCAAGCUGCAGUAAAACGCAUAUUUUCACUAUUAUCCCGCCCAUUGGAUGACUUCAAGGACCUAUAUUAUCCUUCAUUUGCAGAAUGGGUCUCAUGUAAGAUUAAGAUAAGACUUCUAUCUGCUCAUGCCUCUCUCAAGUGUUAUACUUAUGCAUUUUUGCGGAGACACCAAGCAGUGGUUCCUGAUGAGUAUCUAGCAUUAUUACCAUUGUUUUCACGAAGUUCAAGCAUUCUGGGGAAGCAAUGGAUCUCACUUUUGAAGGAUUAUAGUUGUGUGUGCUUGCACCUAAAUCUCAAAAGAAAUUGGAAUUCGUUCUUUGAUGCCAUUCAAGCACGUCUGGUCUCAUCACAGCUGCAGCCUUGUUUGGAAGAAGUUUGGCCCGUUAUUUUGCAAGCACUUUCUCUAGAUGCAGUUCCUGUGAAUGUUGAUAGGAAUGGAAAUUCCGAAGCUGCUGCUGAAAGUAUGUCAACAGACAGCUUAGUAUCUGGGUACAGUAUGGUUGAACUUGAAUAUGAAGAAUACCAGUUUCUGUGGGGCUUUGCGUUGCUUGUUCUAUUCCAGGGAAAACAUCCUGCCCUUUGCAAACAAGUUAUACCAUUAACCUCAGCUAAGGCGAAACAUGAUGGAGAUCCUCCAGCUGAGGAUAUGACUUCUCCAGGGUUGAAAUUUUAUGAAAUUGUUUUGCCAGUGUUCCAGUUUCUUUUGACACAGAAGUUUUUUGCAGCUGGUUUUCUUACUGUAAAUAUCUGUGAAGAACUGCUCCAGGUUUUCUCUUAUUCUAUCUACAUGGAUAAUUCAUGGAACAGCCUUGCGAUAUCUGUUCUAUCUCAGAUUGUGCACAACUGCCCUGAAGAUUUCCUUGAAGCAGAAAAUUUUGCUUGUCUGGUCGUGGAACUUUGUUUGGGUUGCCUUUAUAGGGUUUUAAGAUGUGCUGGUGCAGUUUCAUCUGAUCAAGCCUGCUGGGAAGAUUUAUUAUUUCCACUAUUUCUCGCUGCAAAGACAAUAAUGAGGCGUUUUCAUCCAAAAAUGCAGAAACAACUGAAUUCAGUAGCACUGGCAUUUAUGUUGAUUGGUUACAAAUUCAUUAGACAAGCUUCAACUGAGCUAUCCCUAUCAAAAGUUACUGAUGUUGUGAAGAGUGUGAAUUCCUUGUUGAAGAAACUGAUUGAUGAUGCUUCUAAUCUUGGUGAUGAUGCCAUUGACCACCUGAGAAAUAUUUUAUGCACUUCUCUAGAUGAACUUGCUGAUUUGACCAAGGAUUGCAUUGAAGGAAUUCAUCUACUGCAUAAUAAGAGAUCCGACUUACGCAAACUACUGCUAUUGAAGCUUGCGUUCUCUAUUGAACAGAUAGUUAUGUUACUCAAGAUAAUGCAUGAAAUGCAAUGUCUGGAAGGCAACAAAGAGAGUGAUCCCGUCUAUUUUUCAGUGUUUAAAUUUUGCACUGAUUGUAUGCUUGCUAUACUAACCGACUCAAAUUUACAGGUACAGGCUAUCGGGUUGCAGGUUCUGAAAAGCGUUGUACUGAAAAGUAGCUCUAUGGAAGACAACAGUCACAUUAUAUUCAUUAUUGGAGAGCUGGCUGGGGUCAUUCUCACCAUAAUCCAAAACAUGUUAAUGAAAUCCAUGACUAAAGAAUCGGUUGCUAUUGUGGGGGAAUGCUUACAAGUUUUAAUGCUCCUCCAAACAGUUUCAAAAGGCAGUGACUGCCACAGAGGGUUCAUGAAUCUCUUCCUGGAAGCUAUUGUUAUGGUCUUCUCGGCAUCAGCAGAUGGUCGUUCUCAGGAAGUCAAUGACAUAAGAAACACUGCCAUCAGGCUUGUUUCUCAUCUUGCGCAGAUUCCUUCAUCUGCUGGUCAUCUCAAGGAUGUCUUGUUAUCGAUGCCUGAGAUGCACAGACAGCAACUUCAGGGUGUUAUUCGUGCUUCAGUAACACCGGACCACAGUGUUGCAGAAACGAAAUAUGUAGCACAGCCAUUAGAGAUUAAACUACCAGUUCCAGUGGAAGGGAGAAGAGAGGACAAUGCCCUGUCAUCAGCCACCAGUAUGGGCACCACUGAUGAUGACAUGGAAGAAGAUGAAGAUGAUUGGGAUGCCUUCCAAUCUUUUCCAGCCUCAAACCCUGCAGCAGCUGAAACUGAUUCCGCAGUUAAGAAUACUGUUAAAGAAUCAGACCCUGAUGAGGCCAUCUCUUCAACCAUUACUGAUGACAUUCAACAAUAUUCGUCUUCAGAAGAUCACCAUAGAAUAGAUAUUGCUAAUACGGAGCAUUCAGAGGUUGAAACAGAAUCACUCCAUUCUCUAUCAACGCCUGCUACCGACCCUCAUGAAAAUCAAGAAGGAGAAGGGGGACUACAAUCUAGAUCGGAAAACAUAGGUGGUCUGACUAACGACAGGGAGAAGACGUCUCCCAAUCUUCAAGUUGAAGAGGUGAAAGAAUUAUCUGCAGAGAUAGAAGAGCAUGAGCAAAGAAGGGACAACCGGGUGGCAUCAACUGAACCUGGACAUAAUGAAGAUGCUGAAGAGUCGGUGGAUGUGGUAGAGGAUGAUGAAAAGCUAAAGGAGAUACUCGAUAAGAAAGAUGAUGCUCAUUUUGUAUCAGAUUCUCCGCCUCAUGAAGGGCUUUCCGGUGAUGAAACCAAAGAGGAAGCUGAACGUAAAAUGGAUCAGUAACAGCUUAUGAAAGCUGAUGAAUAUGUUGAACAAAUGAUUGCAAGGACUUGGAAU